AUGCUAGUGCCGCCGCCCAACUUUGGGUUGGUGGAGGACAGCCUGUACAGAUCAGGUGCGCCAGACCUGCUCAAUUUCCCAUUCCUAGAGACGCUCAGUCUAGAGAGCGUCAUUUGGCUGGCUCCAGAAGAGCCGGAUGGUACCUUGUAAGUCGGAUGCGGGUGGUGCCAUGUCCAUGUCGAUGUACGCAUGGGGCUCUACUCAGCUCCAACCGAUGCUCGCCACCCCCCCUCUCCACAGCUUGGACUUUUGUGCGGCUCACAGCAUCCAGCUGCACCACCUGGGUGUGCUCUACAGCACGAAUGCUUGGGAUCCCAUCACCGAAGAUGUGGUGCUGCAAGCGCUGCAUCUGCUAGUACAACCCAGCACAUACCCUGUGCUGGUCAUGUGCAACUUGGGAAGACAUCGCACGGGCACCGUGAUUGGCUGCUUGAGGAAGCUGCAGAGGUGGUGUCUUAGCGCCAUCUUGGAAGAGUACAGGAGGUAUGCUGGGCAAAAGGUCAGAGUCAUGAACGAGCAGGUCAGUGGGGCUGUUCGGGGCUGUCUAGUCGAAGAAGAGGCUCUUGCGCUUACUCUUUUGGCCGUCUCGCAGUUCAUCGAGCUCUUUGACGAGGAGCUCGUCUUUGGCUAG